UGCAAUGCCACCUACUGUGACACGCUGGACCCCCUGGUCCUGCCAGCCCACGGCUACUACGUCAAAUACGAGAGCAGCAAGGCUGGCAAGAGACUGGAGCGGAGCGAGGGGAAAUUCCAGCACAAACUCUGCGCCCCAGAUGUUGUCCUCAGGCUGGACACGACGCAGCGCUUCCAGAGGGUGAAGGGUUUUGGUGGCUCCAUCACCGACGCAGCCGCCAUCAACAUCUUGUCCCUGCCGGAGAGAGCCCAGGAUCACCUGCUGCGCUCCUACUUCUCUGAGGAGGGGCUGGAGUACAACCUCAUCCGGCUCCCCAUGGCCAGCUGUGACUUCUCCCUGCAUGCCUACACCUACGAUGACGUCCCCUACGACUACGAGCUCACCCAUUUUGCCCUGCGGGACGAGGACACCAAGCUGAAGAUCCCCCUCCUUCACCGAGCCUCGGCCAUGAGCAAGCGGCCGCUGUCGCUGUACGCCAGCCCCUGGACCUCCCCCACCUGGCUGAAGACCAGCGAGUCCUACGUGGGGAAGGGGACACUGAAGGGGCAGGCAGGGGACAAGUACCACAAGACCUGGGCCAACUACUUUGUACGGUUCCUGGAUGAAUAUGCCAAGCACAAUGUGACAUUCUGGGCAGUGACAGCAGAGAAUGAGCCCACAGCUGGGCUGAUCAACAACUACCCCUUCCAGUGCCUGGGUUUCACAGCUGAGCAGCAGAGGGACUUCAUUGCUCGGGACCUGGGCCCAGCACUGGCCAACAGCUCCCACCGCCACGUCCAGCUCAUCAUCCUGGAUGACAACCGGCUCCACCUCCCGCACUGGGCCAGAGUGGUCCUGGAGGACGAGCAGGCAGCUCGCUACGUCCACGGCAUCGGCAUCCACUGGUACCUGGACUUCAUCGGCCCCAUACAGGACACAGUGCUGCCCACUCAUGAGCUCUUCCCUGACUACUUUAUCCUGGCCACGGAGGCAUGCAUCGGGGCCCAUUUCUGGGAGAGGGAUGUGAUUCUGGGCUGCUGGGAGCGGGGGAACCAGUACAGCCACAGCAUCCUGACGAAUCUGAACCACUUUGUGGCCGGCUGGACUGACUGGAACCUGGCCCUGGAUCUGGAGGGGGGCCCUAACUGGGUCAAGAACUAUGUGGACAGCCCCAUCAUUGUGGACAGCAGUGAAGGCAUCUUCUACAAACAGCCCAUGUUCUACCACAUGGGGCACUUCAGUAAAUUCAUCCCCGAGGGCUCCCAGCGUGUGGGGCUCGUCGCCUCCAGAGAGUCCAAGAAGACAGCGCUGGAGUACACGGCUUUCCUGCGCCCUGAUGGGGCUGUGGUUGUGGUGGUUCUGAACCGGUCCCCGCAGGACAUCACCUUUGGGCUGGCGGACACCGUGGGCCUCCUGGCAGCCGUGGCUCCGGCCAACUCCAUCCAGACCUACGUGUGGCAGCGGCAGUGACGGGGCCGAGGCGCCGGGGGCCAGACGUGCAGCCCCAGCUGCCCGCGGGCUCGGGCCGGGGCAGCGUCCCCAGGGCUGUGACAGAGCCAGAAUGGGCCAGGCCGGGGACGCUGAGCGUGUGCAGGAGGGCCGGGGGCACAGUGCCCCUCAGGGUGGAGACCCCACAGGCUGUGAGCGCUGUGUUCUGCUGUUCCGACAUUAAACACGGAUGCUGCCUUGA